AUGGUUGGUAAGUCCGCCUCUCCAGCUACUCCCGUCGCGGCGACUCCUGUCAGCAAACCGAAAAAAGACAAAAACGACCAGCCACUUCUUGUGAUCACUCAAAAUGUGGAGUUUCUUCCGAAAGAAUUCAUUCCAAUGUUCAAUCUGAUGACCGAGAAAAAGGGAAGAAAACGGAUUGAGUUGGCUGCGAUGGCUUAUACUGUGGAGACGGUCAUCAUGCCGACACUUCCACCAGCUGUUCAGGCUGAGUUGAAAGUUCAUGUUGAUAAACGUGUUCCAUUCGACAAGAAUUUCAAAGUCGACCUGCAAAAUAACGACUCUGUCAUCACAGUGCCCACAACUGCCCCUGCCGCCAAUCCAUCCACUCCGACGGCUGGAAGUGCACGUACUCCAGCUAGUGCUCGAACUCCUGCAACAGCCAAGUCGAAGACAGUGACAAGACGACGAAACAAGGGAAUGAAGAGUGAUCCGGGGAAGAGUAAUGCGCAGAGUAGUGGAAGUGUUCCGGAGAAGAAGACGGAUAAGAAUAAGACGGCGAGAAGGAAAAAGUAG